AUGCCAAAGCCCGCGGUCGUCAUAGACAAUGGCAGCAGCUUCACCCGGGCAGGCUUUGCAGGCCAGAAGAAGCCCAAGUUCGUGCUAAGGACCGCGUGGCUGCAUCCCUGCAGCGCAGGCACAACGUGGGAGACCCAGCGGCAUCCCACUGCUGCUGAAAGCACGGCAGGCUGCACCGUAGCGCCCAGAACUUACCCACUCAAGCACGGCAUCAUUGAGGACUGGGACAGCAUGGAAAACCUGUGGAGUCACCUCUUCUUCUGUGGCCUGAAAGCUCUCCCAGAGGAACAGCCGGUGCUCAUGGCCAACUCCCCAUCUUGCCCCUCCACCAACAGGGAGAAGGUAGCAGAGGUGCUUUUCGAGAGCUUCGGGGUGCCAGCCCUGCACAUGGCCAACACCGGCUUCCUCUCCCUCUGCGCCUACGGCAGAGUCACCGGUCUGGCUGUGGAAGCUGGGGCAGGAGUGUCCCAUGUCACCCCCGUCUGCCAGGGCCAGACCUGGAGGGAGGCCACUUACCGCCUUGAGGUGGCCGGUGGCUUCCUCUCCAGCUACCUGCACAGCCUGCUGAUGGAGAGCCCCAACGACCCCUCAGCGCUGCAGGCCUUGAAGAAGCCAACAGUGAUCCAGCUGAAGAAGCAAUGCUGCUAUGUCUCCAUGGACUACAAAGGAGACCUCCGUGACCAAGGGCUCCCCGACUUGGUGUGGCAGAGCCUCCAGAAGGUACCUGACCACGCCAGGAGGGACACGGUGGGUAACAUCGUGCUCUCAGGGGGCUCCUCGAUGUUUCCUGGCUUUCCCGAGAGGAUGUGCUUAGAGUUGAACACCCUGUUCCGCAGCACGGACUGCCAGAUUCAGGUCCUGGCAAGCCCAGAGAGGGGCACAGCAGCCUGGGUGGGGGGCUCGAUGGCAGCAUCGCUCUCGUCCUUCCAGCAGGCGUGGACAACAAAGGGCGAGUACCAGGAGCACGGUGCCCACUACGUGCACAGGGCAGAGCUCGAGGAGUCUGCCAGCGAGGAGACGGCCGCUGAGACGUGCCACGGAUCCACGCCGGGUACCCUGGCCCACCGCGCCCACGAAGGCAUGUGUGGAGGUGGGAACCCUUGA